AUUUAGUACCUUAUGUGUGCUGAAUCAUUUUCGCUGUCCCGCAAUAUUUAAUUAACUGCAGUAAUCAUUGCAUUUUUAGCCGUGAAUCAAGUAAAACAUUCAACCCAAAAUGCAGAAGGUUCUACUGCUGCUGGUCGCCUUCCUGGCCGUGACCGUGGCUCAAUCGAAUCCACAUGAGAAGCCCGGAUUGCUGCGUGUGCCGCUCAAGAAAUUCCAGUCGGCACGGCGCCACUUUGCCGAUGUUGGCACGGAAUUGCAACAAUUGCGCAUUAAGUACGGCGGUGGCGAUGUUCCGGAACCGUUGUCCAACUACAUGGAUGCCCAGUACUAUGGACCUAUUGCCAUUGGUUCGCCGCCGCAGAACUUCCGAGUGGUUUUCGACACCGGCUCCUCGAAUCUUUGGGUCCCUUCUAAGAAGUGCCACCUGACGAACAUAGCCUGCUUGAUGCAUAACAAGUAUGAUGCCACCAAGUCUAAGACCUACACCAAGAACGGCACUGAGUUUGCCAUCCAAUACGGCUCCGGCAGCUUGUCCGGUUAUUUGUCCACGGAUACGGUUUCAAUUGCUGGCCUGGACAUUAAGGAUCAGACAUUUGCCGAGGCGUUGAGUGAACCCGGUUUAGUCUUUGUGGCCGCCAAGUUCGAUGGUAUCUUGGGUCUGGGCUACAGCUCCAUCUCCGUUGACAAGGUGAAGCCCCCGUUCUACGCCAUGUACGAGCAGGGAUUGAUCUCAGCUCCGAUAUUUUCAUUCUACCUGAACCGCAACCCCGCCUCCCCCGAGGGCGGUGAGAUCAUCUUCGGCGGUUCUGAUCCCAACCAUUAUACAGGUGAUUUCACUUAUCUGCCUGUCACCCGUAAGGCCUACUGGCAGAUUAAGAUGGAUUCCGCCUCCAUUGGCGAUCUGCAGCUGUGCAAGGGCGGUUGCCAGGUCAUCGCUGACACGGGCACCUCGCUAAUUGCGGCGCCCUUGGAGGAGGCCACCUCCAUUAACCAAAAGAUCGGUGGAACUCCCAUCAUCGGAGGACAGUAUGUUGUUUCCUGUGAUCUGAUUCCCAACCUCCCGGUAAUAAAGUUCGUGCUGGGCGGCAAGACCUUUGAGCUGGAGGGCAAGGACUACAUCCUGCGAGUUGCCCAGAUGGGUAAGACCAUUUGCCUGUCCGGUUUCAUGGGCAUGGACAUCCCCCCGCCAAAUGGACCCUUGUGGAUCCUGGGCGAUGUAUUCAUUGGCAAAUACUACACCGAGUUUGACAUGGGCAACGAUCGUGUUGGUUUCGCUGAUGCCAAAUAAUCGAACAAAGAAUGAUAUACUUAAAAUUUUAAAUUGUAAACAUUAUCGAUCCCAUUGGGCUUUCUUGGAAGAACCCACGGAAUAUAAAUGUACUACCUAUAA